AUGAGCUCGAAUUACAAAUUUGCUAACCGAUCUCGGUUCACAACCAGGAAGUCCAAGUCCCACCGUUUCGCAAUCAAAAAUGGUGGCGAGAUUGGCGGCCUCAGUAACGACGGUAACACUUGUUUUAUGAACUCGGUGCUUCAGUCGUUGGCAUCAUCCCGUGAGUUGCUUAAGUUUAUCGACUCCUACCUUUUCUCGGAAACAGCACUUCAGACUCCACAAGGAAACGUGAUCUCCAUGAAAUCCAACUCUCCUAGACCAGAAUUAAUCUUCACCAAUGCAUUAAAAACGUUGUUGGAUAAUCUCAAUGGUAAAUAUGGAGCUCGUGGCAAGGAGUUCAGUACGAAAGCUCUCUUGAACAAGAUGCCCAAUGGCCCCAAACAGAACUUUUUCUCAGGCUACAAUCAGGAAGACGCCCAAGAGUUCUACCAGCUCGUAAUGAGUUUGUUGGAACGGGAAUACAAGAAAGUUUCCCAAUCCAGAUUACCCACCCCAGAACCAGAAGAAAAGGCCGGAAAUCAGGAGAAGCAAGUGAGAUUCCUCGAUAUCGAAAAUGUGCCGAACGUCGUCUUCGGCUGCGAAAAAUUAGGAAAAUUGGGUAAAGUGUACGUUCCAGCCAACCAGGUUGACCCCAACUUGGUAGACUGUGAUCACAAGGUGUUCCCACUUGAGUUGAUUACUCCUGUAGAUGGAAUCUCAGCCGAAAGAAUCGGUUGUUUGUCCUGCGGAGAAGUAGGUGGCAUCCGUUAUUCUGUCAAUUCAGGCUUGAGUUUGAAUUUGCCAAACAAUUCUUCCUACUACUCCAGCUUUGACUUGCUUCUGUUAAUGAACGACUGGAUCACACCAGAAAUCAUUGAAGAUGUCAACUGUAACAGAUGUGGUUUGAAUCAAACCAAAGAAUUCCUUUUAGAGACUUUGCAGGACCUUCAAGCAAAGCCAAACGGAGACAAGUUGAGGGAACAAUUUCAAAUUCGUCUCGAUGCUAUCGAUUCGGAAUUGUUGAAACCUCAUAUCACAGACGAAGUGUUCGAAAAGCUCACCAUAAAAAAGCAUAUUAGAAAAAGUAGAAAAUCCAAACAGAUACUCUUGAGUAGACCGCCUCCGUUGUUGUCCAUCCAUAUAAAUAGAUCGGUAUUUGACCCUAGAACAUACAUGAUAGUCAAGAACUCCAGCAGUGUGACUUUCCCGUCAAAGUUAAACUUGGCUCCAUACAUUGCCGAACCAAGGGAUAUUAACAUGGACGCUAGAUUGCCUUUCAGAAAACAGGAAGAGAGAACAGUUUUGCAGCAGGAACAGACUAAAAAUUCAGAAACACUUCCUUCAACUCCGUCAGACUCGUCGUUGUCUUCCACUCCUGAAGAAACGAAGUCAGACUCUACUACUAGCACCGAUAUAGACAACUUGGAACCACUUCCAGUAGAUCCCAAGUUGUUGUACAACUUGAAGGCAGUAAUCUCCCACUAUGGUACUCACAACUACGGCCACUACAUUUGCUACCGUCAGUUGAGGGGUACAUGGUGGAGAAUUAGUGACGAAUCUGUAUAUGUUGUCACUGAAGAAGAAGUAUUGAACGCUCAGGGUACAUUUAUGAUCUUCUACGAGUUCGAUGAUGGGCAUAAGGAAUUUUUGCAAGAUGUUUCUGAUAGUGAAGAAGAGGAGGAGGAAGAGGAAGAU